AUGGAGCACCUCGCGCGCGCCAAGGCUCCUCGAUCUCGGAUAUACCAUCUCAUGGCCGAAGGGAUGGCUUUCAAGGUUACGAUUGCUCUCCGUGCAUCAAGAGUGGAGAAGUGGAUCGGCGACGUCAAGAGGGACUUUCUCGACGCCGCAACGACCAAGUGCGUCGGCUUGGACUGCAAGUUCACCGACCCGCGAGAGGGUGAUCAGCGCGCCGCCGUCCUUCAACUCUCGAUGGCGUCCGAGACUUUGGUAUUCCAGAUUUGUUAUGACGAUGAAGUGCCACAAGUGCUCAAGGAGUUCUUGCAGGACGGAAACAUCAGAUUCUGCGGCGCGGCUAUCGGCAAUGAUGUGAAAAUGAUGAGUCCCUACGGCAUUCAUAUUACUUAUGCGUACGACCUCCAGAAGAUACUCCCGAACCCCACCAACAAGUCUACUCCGAGUCUAUAUGAUCUAGCAAACUGUACCAUUGGGACAAACCUUGAGAAGAAAAAGAUGAAGAAGUGA